CGCUCGGCCGAGCUAAGGUGCAGUCCGACGCCUACGCAGGCGCCCAGACGACGAGGACAGUGCCAGACAACCGCAGCGAUCGUCGAAGGCUGCCCCAGCAAGCUUGCCAGCCGCACGAGGCGACGGACGAGCACUUAAGCAAGGGCUGCCCCAAACAAUGCGAUAGCAUGCCCGACAUCCCCGAGAAGUACAAGACCCUGCGCGAGAUCACGGAGGCAAUAGCGAAGGCCGACGACGAGAUUAUUGAAUCAUACCAAACCUCGACCCAGCGGGCAAAGAGGUACAGCCGCGCAGUACUUGCAAGGGAGAACUACGCCGACGCCAAGUAUGAAGUAAAGGAGCGGACCGAGAAAGCGACGGCGGAUUUUUUGCGGGAGGCGGCGCACCACGACGUAAAACAUGCCAUUCACAAGGCCGAGCAUCGACUCGCCGAGGCAAGGUGCCAGGCGGUGUUCAAGCAAAGGCCUUUCCUGCAGCAUCUGGACAAGGCGCGAGACGCGGCGGCGACCCAGGGCCACGCCAAGAGAUCACAACACACGGUCGAGGCGGGCCCGUGGCGCGCCGCCGUCGUCGCGAAUUUGGAUAGCUUCGAGGAUUCAGUACGAAAGCCGGCGCACGAGGGCGGUUUAGGAUUGGGUCCGAAGGGCGACGCGUCUUCAAGUGGAGGUGAUGGGGACGAGCUCAUUGUUGGACUUAGAAGGUUGCGGCGCGAGGUGAACGCCUGCACGGGAAUCCAGGCCAUGGAGCACCUCGAGGCGCUGCGUAGAAGGUCCGCGGAGCUCGCGGCGCGCGUCGACCCGCACCUCGGGCGUCUGACAGAGCUCAAGAUUGAAGCUAAAAAGCGCGUCGAUGAAACAGAAAAGACGGAUGCGAAUCGCGCCGCAACCCUCAGAAAGCGCGCGGGCGGCGACGAGUUGAAUGAACUGAGGCGCGACCUCCGCCUCAAGGCUCAAGAAAUGCAUGAGGCCACGGAGGCGGCUUUGGUUGAUGACGGCGCGGACCCGAAACCAAGGAGAAAGUCGGUGAAGAAGCAAGUCAUACAAUCGGCGCUCGACGAGCCCUCGGACGCGGGCAUCUCUAACUACAUGCGCACGCGGCGCGCCUACCUGGGGGCGGAGGCCGAGGUCGUGGAAGACGCGCCGCAGUCGCCGCCCCGUUUUAAACCGGGCGGUAGGGUGGACGAGGCGCGCGCGCUCGUCGCUGAUGUUUUAAAGACGCCCGCGGAGCCGUUCAAGUCGCCCAAAGCAAAGUCGCCGGUCAAACGACCAAAACCCAAGAAGCGUGCGCCCGCGGCGGCGCAGGCUAGAGUUAGGGGCCCGCCGCCGGAGCUCUCCGAACUCAAAGGCAUCGUCGUGACCAGGGCAUCCGAAUCUAUGUAUGCGGACCGCUUCUACCGCUUCCUCGUGGACUGCUCGACGCGCGGCGACUGGCGCAAGGCCGUCCAGGCCUACCGCCUCAUGGUCGCCAAGGGCAUUGUACCGGACGCGCGGACGUGGCGCGUUUUAUUGCGAGCGGUGAAGAUCGGUGAGGAAGGGCGCGUUGCUUUAGUGUUACUGGAAGAGAUCGAGGCCCAGGCCGCGCAGCGCGCCGGAACGGACGGCCUCGUGCCGGUCGAGCUCUACAACUGCGCCCUCGAGGCGGCGGCGGCGGGCGGCGGCUGGCGGCGCGCGGUCCAGGUCUUCAACCGCAUGCGCCACAUGCGCGUCAGGCCGAACACGAGCACGUACCAGGCGCUCAUGGCGGCCGUCGCCCGGGCGCGGUGCGCGUCGACGGAGGUGUACGACGGCCUCAAGUACGCGGGCGUGCCCGAGUACCUCGCCUACACGGCUGCGGCAGCACACGCCCUGCGGUGGAGUAAUGGAUAGGUG